UGCAGUCUGGGAACAGUAAGUAUGCAGCAAAAACAUUGACAGACGAGUCACGCAGGGUGGUGGCAGUGACAGGCGAAGCUAAUCCUGAUGUCACUGAGGCUACAGUACGUAGUCAUAUCAGGAGCUGCAUGGAGUGCUAUGGCUGCAGACUUGGGUUGGAUGUCAGGCCACACUUCCUCCUUAGACAUAACCAUUAUCUCCAUCUUCUUCCUUGUUGUCUACAUCACACUCUACACGCUCUGCACCACCUGUUAUAGCGGGACUCCAGAGUGUCCAGAGGAGAAAGAAUUACCCUCAUCUCUCUCACUGAGUGUGAAUCUAGAAGAUCAGUGGAGCACACACAGAACUAUGAACAAUGUGGAUGCUAAAUCGGACAGUUAUUUUAGCCAGCAAAUGACACCUAGGAUUCCAGAUACGCCUACAUUCUCUGUCAAAUCCACAGGUUCAUUUUCUGCAAGACUUCCUUCUCUUCCACCAAUUCCACCAGUUUUCUAUUUGACCACACUCCAGGUGGAACCGCCAAUGGUGUCUUCUUCAGGACAGCAACCUAGAACAGUCAAAACUGUGUGGGACGGCGCCACACCUCCACCUGAAGAUCAGCCAAAUAUGAACAGUGGGUCUACUGAGACAGUCAGUGAGGGGUAUCCCUAUGCCUUUAUAGAUAAUGUAAGAGUCAGUGGACCUUCAUCACCCUCCGCCUUUGAUGAUGCUUAUGAGGACCAAUGGGAGCGCGAGAGCCCCUACUACAGUGUGAAGGAAUGGACAGAGCAUGCUACUACUUAUGACCUAACCUCUGUGACAGACAGCCAAAAGCCAGAGGAGUUGAAAUUUAAUUUCCCGCCUCUCCCAGGUGUCCCGGAUGACCAGGUGUUAAUAAACACAGACAGAACUGCCAUCUAUGCAGUAGUGAACAGGAAGAACAAAAGCAUCAAAGAAGCCCCUGUUGUACAAGACAUGAUGGUGUUGGAUGAGGACGAGGCACCGCCCAUUCCAGAAAAAAAUAUUUGACUACCAAAUAGAAAUUAGAGGUAAUAUAUGUUAAUGUAUGUAUAUUUGCAAUAAAUAAAUACUUUUCACUUCUCAGAAAUAAUUUGAGAUUACAUUACAUUACUGUGUCAAAAUGUUUUACUGCUUAUGCAGUUUUGAAUGAGUGCAUUAGAAAACACAAAACAAAUUUAUUAUUUUAUCUUCUUACUCUUUGCCUAUGUAGAGACAACAGUGGGAUGAAUAAAAGUAACGCACAUUAAACAAUUACAUUUAUAAGCCCUAGAGGUAUCCAAGAAGGAAAACACCUUUAGCAGUAAUAACUGCAACCAAAUGCUCCUGAUAACUAGAGAUCAGUCUGUCACUUACUUCUAGGACUAGGACUUACUCCUGUGUUUUGGAUCAUUGUCUUGCUGCAUAAUCCGGUUGUGCUUGAGUGUCAAUUUACGGCUUGAAGACCGGACAUUCUCCUUUAGGAUUUUCUGGUAGAGAGCAGAAUUCAUGUUUCCCUCAAUUACAGCAAGUUGCCCAGACCCUGAAGCAGCGUCACAUCCCCACACCAUCACACUUCCACCACCAUGCUUGACCAUAGGUAUGAAGUUCUUUUUGUGGAAUUCUAUGUUUGGUUUACGCCAGAUGUAACGGGACCCCUGUCUUCCAAACAGUUCCACUUUCGUCUCAUCAGUCCACAGAACAUUCUCCCAAAAGGUUUGAGGAUCAUCAAAGUGGGUUUUGGCAAAAUUCCAUUUGGAGAUAAUGUCUCUCACUCUGGUUCUUUGGAGUCCCAGAGCUUUUGAAAUAGCUUUGUAACCCUUCCCAGACUGAUGUAUUUCAAUCACCUACUUCCUCAUCAUUUCUGGGAUUUCUUUCAACUUUGGCAUCGUGUGUUACAGGGUAAAACCUUUUAACCAACUUCAUGCUGUUGAAAAAGUUCGAUUAAAGUGUUGAUUUGAUUGAACAGGGUUUGCAGUAAUCAGACCUGGUUGUGUCUAGUCCAGCUGAACCCUAUUAUGAAUGCAGUUUCAUAGAUUUGCGGAAUUAAUAACUACGGGGGGCAAAUACAUUUUCACACAGGCCCAGUUAAUAUUGGUUAACUUUUUUUUGCUUCAAUAUAUAACAUUAUCAUUUAAAAAGUGUAUUUUGUGUUUACUCAGGUCGCAGGUCGCCAUUGUUUUAUCUUAGAUUUUGUUUUAAUUUCUGAAACAAUUUAGUAUGAGAUAUACACAAAAACAGAAGGAAUCAGGAUGUGCGUAAUACUUUGUCACAGCACUGUAGCAACUAGCUAGAAUAAAGAAAUAAAGAAAUAAAGUACUAUGCUCCUAAAGAGGUGGUAAACAUAUAUAUUGUUCUGAAUGCCUUUUAAUGAUAGCGUGUAUUAUGUAUGCCCUGCCCCUUUCUCCAAAUGGCCCAUUUUUCCUGUUGUGGCCCUCUGAGCAUGACAGCAAGGUCUUUGAAUGUGUAGUGUGUCCCAUGCUUCGUUUUAGGGCUCAUAAGUACGUUCUAUAAACCUUUAUGUGCCCUUUGGUGAAAUCUUCAUCAAUCCUGACUGUUUUCUAACCCAAAACCUCUUGCAAUUAUUAAUGAGGAGCAAUCACAGUGGAU